CAUAGCGUCGCGAAUACUUCAUCAAUCAACAUGAUUCAAAUUGGGAACGGUAGCUGAGAUUACGAGCUACAAAAUAUCCAAGUUUCGCGACAUUCCAACGGCUAGUUUUUCGUCGACGUCGUUUCUUGUGAAGACGACUUUUCUGUCCAGAAUUUCGGAUAUAUAUUUUGAAUACCGGGGGAGCCUACAAAUCCCAAGGAGGCUUGGGAGGGCCCCAAUGGGAAGGAGUGGAAGAAGGCCUCAGAUGAAGAAAUGGGGAGCAUCAUCGAGAACGACACCUUCGACUUGGUGAACCUACCUCCGGGGCGUAAGGCGAUUUCUUCCAAGUGGCUCUUCAAGCGCAAGACCGACGCCGGUGGCAACAUUGAGCGCUACAAGAGCAGACUUGUAGCCAAGGGGUACCAGCAGCAGGAGAAGAAGGACUACAAUGAAGUAUAUGCUCCUGUGGUGAAGGGUACAACCCUUCGAACCCUCUUCGCCGCGGCGGCCAUCAAAGGAUGGGUGGUGAAGCAAAUGGACAUUGUAACGGCCUUCCUCAACGGUGUUUUGGAGGAAGAGACCUACAUGGAGCAGCCAGAGGGGUACAAUGAUGGGAGUGGCAGAGUGUGGAAGCUGAAGAAAGCACUCUAUGGCCUCAAGCAAGCCCCUAGGCAAUGGUGAAGUGGCAUUGGGUGAGGAGCAUGGUCACCGCGGGUGAAGUGGAGUUGCACUGCGUGAAGACGACGGCGCAGCCUGCUGAUAUGAUGACCAA